UUUCCUUUAUCGUUAUUCUCCAGACUAUCUUCCAUCUUUUGUUUUGUUUUUCUCUUUUUUUAAUAUUAUUUUCUUGUCUUCCAGGCAUCUGAGAAAAGGAAAAGAGUGUACGCAGAAUUUAACUGCCGUAGAUGGGUUUGGCAGCGCCUCGCAAGCGAACAAAGAUAUCGCAUGACCCGAACAACGUAAAUUGGUCCCGGUCGACGAGUGGUUUCGGGCAUAAGAUUCUCAGUUCCCAAGGAUGGACUCCAGGGAGUCUUUUAGGCGCUCGGAAUGCUGCGCAUGCUGAUAUGCUCACUCCUGCCAGCGCAUCUCACAUUAGAGUCACCGUGAAAGAUGACACUCUCGGUUUAGGCGCGCGACCUAAGACUUUGAAUGAGCCAACUGGCCUUGAUGCGUUCAAAGGACUACUGGGCCGACUAAACGGAAAGUCAGACGUCGAAUUGGAGAAAGAGCAACGGAAACGUGACGACAUCAAACUGGCCCAAUAUGCAGCAACGAAAUGGCAAGCCGUCAGGUUCGUUCGUGGCGGUCUAUUAGUCCAAGAGAAGACCGACGCUGCUACCACCAAGUUUCCUGAAAACAAAUCCACGGAUGAGAAAGGCAACGGAACAAACAAUGAUGUCACUAUUGAUGAAUAAAGAUAAGGAGAAAAGGGAAAAGAAGGAGAAGAAGAGAAAGGAGAAGAAAGAGAAAAAGGAGAAUGAUAACUCACAAGGGGAUGAGAAUGACAAAUCACAAAGAAAACGGGAU